AUGGCGAUUAAGAUCAUAGAUCCGAGACUAGAUGUAAAAAUACAAGAGAGAAGGAGGAGAGAGAGGAUAAUUAAUACCGUAAUUGCAAGGUUUAAAAGAUGUGGAGCGAUGGAUAUGGAGCUACGGGAAUUUCAUGGACUAGACCUAGCCAUGGAAGGCAUAAGGAUGCGGAAUGAAAACGUAUCAAACAUUGAGCACUUACUCCAACCAUCGAUAGACAAUGUCGAGAGGGUUUGUUACAUAAUUGAGAAUUCAAUAGUCCAUAUCGUCAAAAGUUUUGGAUCGUGGUAUUCGGCAUUGUCCGCUCUAUCAUCGCUCGACAAGGAAAUUCACAAACAUCUUCUCAUGCACAUUCAUGGCAUACUCAAUAAGGAUCCUAUCCCAUAA